AUGAACAAGCCUCCUAAAACAACAGUAAUAUUCCACGGCGUACCCAAUGAUACCACAAACUGGCUUGUUGGUAUUGAUACCAAGUUCUUCACCAUUAACCAGCUUCUCAAGGGAAUAAAAUUGAUUCCCGAUGGGAUCCAUUUCAUCCAUUAUUCCUUGCCCUCCAUAAAAUCAAAUGACACAAAUGCUGCAACAUCUUCCAGCAUACGAUACGGUAGGUGGAUCGAAUGUGAUAAUAGCGUUACUGUGCUUUAUUGGAAUCUGGACUUGGAAAAGUUUGAUAUCGUUGAUGACAAAAACGUACCUGAAGCUUUGAAUUACUCCAAAUACACUCAGAAUUUGGGUGAGAUAUAUUCGCUUACAGUAGCGUACCCGGAAGAUGAAGCUAUAUGGAAUGGGUUGAUCCUGGCCAUUGACUUGGAGAUUAUACUGGACUUGGUAUCAUUAAAGAGUGAUAGCUAUUCUAAAGAAGUCAACACUAUAACUCCUUCAACUGAAGAAAAUACAAUUUUGCUGAACCAGCUCAAACUGAAAGAUCCCACUCGUGAAUUAGAUCCAAACUUGAUCUCUGGAAGUGAGAUCCAGUUCACCAUAUUGAACUUCAAACAGAAGAGAGACAACGUUUCUCUUGAGCAAAUCAGCCAAGAUUAUCUUGAUAAAUCAUGGUACUUGGAAGAAACUUUUGGGCACGAUACAGACUUUGUUCUUGGAGAGCUACAGCUAAGUUUUGUCCAGUUUAUUAUUCUAGGAAAUUUCUGUUCAGGGUUGCAGUGGCUCAAUACCCUCAAGCUUUUGCUGAUGAGUAAGACCUUUAUCGUUGCAAAUAAGUCAUUCAGCUUGAAGUUUUUACGGUCGUUUAAGUUGCAGUUGGAAAGUAUUCCUGCCGAGUACAUCGGGGAGACCAUCAGUUUAAACAGCGCUGUUGAUACCAAGAAUUUCAUUGGAAUCAUGGAAAACUUUGUCAAAGACGUAUAUCCCCGUGAAAUGUGGGGCAAUGACGACUGUUGUGGAAAGAUGAAAGUUAAUGGAAUGGUUGUAGAUACCUGGAAGAAGAUUCUCCUUUUGAUUCAACAACGGUUCCAGCUUGACUUAUCGAAUUUGGAGAACAGGAAGGUCGACGAAGACCAGUUUGAGGUAUUUGACCUCAAGGAUUAUGAUGAAAACGAUGAAGAUGUUCCGGCCAUUGUGUCGUGA